AUGGUUGCCUCAAAGCGUAUCCUUAGCGGAGCUCUCGCCACUCAGGCAUCUGCCUCAGUUCUGUUUACCGACCUCGUCCAGCUCCAUGGCCGUGCUGAUACCGAGAUCUCACCGGGAACCCCUUUGUAUAACUGUCACGAUAACUGCGGUCAGGCCAUUCUUGAGUCUGGCUACGAUUCAUCCGAUGCUCUCUGCUCGGACUCCAUCUUCCUGACUGACUAUGCCAACUGCCUGGCGUGUGCUGGAACUGAUAAUGAGGACAUCUGGCAGUAUUACGGUAGCUCGCUGACAAGUGCUGCUGCUGAGUGCGGCACGUCGGCAACACCUGUCAAAAUGUCGCGGAGAGCUGCUAAGGGAGAGUACAUUGAGACGGACACAGGAAACAAGGUGUCACGAAGAGCCAAUCUCGUCGGAACGCAGAACAUCAUUCUCGGCGGAAAGAGUGUCAUCCAGCAAGAUGUCAUGAUUCGAGGCGAUCUUGUCCGGUCGCUGCCAGCGUCGAGCAGCAGCGGCUCGUCUUCAAGCUCGUCAAGUACUGCGAUAUCCAUUGGACGAUACUGCUUCUUGAGCAAGGGUGCAUGCUUGCGCCCACCGGGUCGACUGUGGAAGGGAAUAUUUUCCCACAUGCCUCUCCGCAUGGGCGACCAUGUCUUUAUUGGCCCCGGCGCCACCGUCAUGGCGGCUUCCAUUGGAAAUCACGUCCAUAUCGGCGAGAGCACAGUGAUUGGCGACUUUGCCAUCAUCAAAGAUUACGUCCGCAUCCUCGACGGAACGGUCGUGCCUCCCAACAUGGUCAUUGCCAGCUUCAGCAUUGUGGCUGGCCAACCGGCCCGGGUGAUUGGAGAGUUGCCCGAAGGCGGCCACGAGGCGUUUGAGCUUCGCGACCUCUACAAGACCGUUGGCAACAACCCCCAGCCAAUGCCAAUAUGA